CUGAGGGCAGCGUGGCAAAAAAGACUACAAUUCCCAGUGGUUACAGCGUCUGAGAAGCGCUGCUUUCUGGGAGUGGUAGUGUCUAAGAACUGUAUUUGAAGUAUCGGUUCGGAAGACAACCUCUUAAAAUUAAAAAGAGAAACAGUUUGAAUUGGGCCUUUCCGUAUCUUCAUAAUCGACCACAGGCCUAAAUAUAUUAAAAGAAAUUUAAAAAAUUAGGGACACUCCGCCUUUAAAACUAUGCUUCACUAAUCGAUGAUUCCUAAAUCUAGGACUAGGUAGUUGAUGUUUGUGGGCUGGGUGUCUGUGUAAGAGCAGCCUCGUGGUUGUCUCGUUGCUGUGGAGGCCGGAGGAAGGAAAGCGGAAGCCCAGAAGACUGCAUCUUCUCGCGUAUCUGUGCGAGCUAAUUUUGAGCUGCCUCUCUUUGUAGUCUUAAGAGACCAGAGAGCCUGUUGUCUGACUAUUACCCCUUACGUUUCUGUAGACAAGCCUUGUGUGUACUCCUAGCCAUGGCUCAGCUCCAGACACGCUUCUUCACUGACAACAAGAAAUAUGCAGUAGAUGAUGUUCCCUUCUCAAUUCCUGCAGCCUCUGAAAUUGCUGACCUUAGUAACAUCAUCAAUAAAUUGCUGGAGGCCAAAAAAGAGUUCCACAAACAUGUGGAGUUCGACUUCCUUAUCAAGGGCCAGUUUCUGCGAAUGCCCUUGCUCAAACACAUGGAACUGGAAAACAUCUCAUCAGAAGAGGUUGUGGAAUUGGAAUAUGUGGAGAAGUAUACUGCCCCUCAGCCAGAGCAAUGCAUGUUCCAUGAUGACUGGAUCAGUUCUGUCCGAGGGGCAGAGGAAUGGAUCUUGACUGGUUCUUAUGAUAAGACUUCUCGGAUCUGGUCCUUGGAAGGAAAGUCAAUAAUGACAAUUGUGGGACAUACAGAUGUUGUAAAAGAUGUGGCCUGGGUGAAAAAAGAUAGUUUGUCUUGCCUACUACUGAGUGCUUCUAUGGAUCAGACGAUUCUCUUAUGGGAAUGGAAUGUGGAGAGAAACAAAGUGAAAGCCCUGCACUGCUGCAGAGGCCAUGCUGGAAGUGUGGAUUCUAUAGCUGUUGAUAGCACGGGAACUAAAUUUUGCAGUGCCUCCUGGGAUAAGAUGCUAAAGAUCUGGUCUACAGUUCCUACAGAUGAAGAAGAUGAAAUGGAGGAAUCCACAAAUCGACCAAGAAAGAAACAGAAAACAGAGCAGUUGGGACUAACAAGGACUCCCAUAGUGACCCUCUCUGGCCACAAGGAAGCAAUUUCUUCGGUUCUAUGGUCAGAUGCUGAAGAAAUCUGCAGUGCAUCUUGGGACCACACAAUUAGGGUGUGGGAUGUAGAGUCUGGCAGUCUUAAGUCAACUUUGACAGGAAAUAAGGUGUUUAAUUGUAUCUCCUAUUCUCCACUUUGUAAACGUUUAGCAUCUGGAAGCACAGAUAGGCAUAUCAGACUGUGGGAUCCCCGAACUAAAGAUGGUUCUUUGGUGUCGCUGUCCCUAACCUCACAUACAGGCUGGGUCACAUCAUUAAAGUGGUCUCCUACCCAUGAGCAGCAGCUGAUUUCAGGUUCUUUAGAUAAUAUCGUCAAACUGUGGGAUACAAGAAGUUGUAAAGCUCCUCUCUAUGAUCUGGCUGCUCAUGAAGACAAAGUUCUGAGUGUAGACUGGACAGACACUGGGUUACUUCUGAGUGGAGGAGCAGACAAUAAAUUGUAUUCCUACAGAUAUUCACCUACUACUUCUCAUGUGGGGGCAUGAAAGCGAAUGAUAUAAAUUUGACUGCAGAGAUUGUUUCUGUAAAUGAAAUUGAUAAAGAAGCCUCAGAUUA